GGCCGUCCCAUCCUGUGGGAUGCACUCGGUCAUGAUCACUAACAGCCUUGGCAGGCUAGCGCACUUCAGACCACUUCUGACAACAGGUGUGGGAGGAGUAACCCGCGGAGAAUGUGGUCGAUCAGGUUUGGAUCCUCCGACCCGCCCGGUUAGUCUCGUUGGAGCUAAAGCCGUCCCAGUGCUCUGAUCCCGAGGAGGUUUUUCCCACAGAAUUCCCGUCCGUUUGGAGUCCUUCCAGAUUUCGGUGUGCCGUCCUGUGGAUGAAGAGCCUGGAUCAACAUGUCUGUCAACCUGAGUAAGAACGGAGCUGCGCUGACGGCUGCUUACACAGAGGUGGUGGACAACAAGUCAGACACAAACUGGGCGCUGUUCACCUAUGAAGGAAACAGCAAUGACCUCCGCGUGGCAGAGAAAGGAGAUGGUGGAUUAGAGGAGCUGGUGGAGGAGCUGAACAGCGGGAAGGUGAUGUACGCUUUCUGUCGAGUCAAGGACCCGAACUCUGGUCUGCCCAAAUACGUCCUCAUAAACUGGACAGGUGAAGGUGUGAAGGACUCCCGGAAAGGACAAUGCACCAAUCACGUGAGCACCAUAGCAGGUUUCCUGAAGGGAGCCCAUGUGACCAUAAAUGCCCGCGCGGAGGAAGACGUGGACCCGGAGGCCAUCUUGGCGAAAGUGGCCAAAGCGUCUGGAGCCAACUUUAACUUCCACAAGCAAACACAGGAGUACAGAGAGGUUCCCAGAGGACCUGUGGGCUCCGUUUAUCAGAAAAUCAACGCCGUCAAUGAAAUCCAGCAGAUCAAUAAGGACGACUUCUGGGUCAAAACUCAGAGGGAAGAAGAAAGGCGUCAAAAGGAGGAGAAGCAGCGAGCGGAGGAGGAGAGGCAGAAGAUGGAGAAGGAGAAGAAGGAGAUGGAGGAGAGACAAUCCAAGGACAGGGAGAGGAUAGCGAGGGAGCGAGCUCAGCAGAUCAAUCAGGAGAAGCUUCAUCAGAAGCAGAGGGAGGAAGAGGAGCGAGAGAGGGAGCGGCAGCAAAGGAGCCGGCAGCAGGAGAGCAGGACGAUGGCAGGAAUCAGCUCCGCCGCCUCGGUCCAGAAAGCUAACGAGGCGAAGUCCCUGAUUUCUCAGAGAGCGUUUAAUCCCAGAGACAUAUUCAAGCAGAGGGAGCAGAGCUUUGAGGCCAGCGACAGACCUGCUGCCUCCGGGCCUGGGAAGCUACAGAGUCGGUUUCAAUCGCAGAAAUCGUUCGAGCGAGACGUCCCGUCCUCUCCUCCGGCUGUGGACCCGGCCUCUGCUUGGACCCCCCUGUCUCCGGUCAGGAACGCCUCACCUGUGCUGCGUGACUCACCUGCUGCAGCUGCCUCCCCUACAUCCCCAGGGAGCGCAGACUCACCUGUACAGCCUGCAGAUGCUGCUUAUGCAGAGGAGGACGAGUGGUCCGAUGACUUUGAUGAAGAUGCAUAUGAAACUCCUGAAGAGGAACUUCCAGUUGUGGAUAACCUGUACACAGCACCCGUCAGGAGCACCGAGGACCUGUAUCAAAACGUUUCCCAGCAUGCACCGGCAGCUGGUGACACUGAUGGGGUUACCGGUGGGCAAGGCAUCUGUGCCAGAGCUCUGUACGACUACCAGGCCGUGGAUGACACAGAGAUCACCUUUGACCCUGAUGACAUCAUAACCCACAUAGAGAUGCUGGAUGAGGGUUGGUGGAGAGGUUAUGGUCCUGAUGGGCACUAUGGCAUGUUCCCUGCUAAUUAUGUGGAGCUUAUCUAGUUCUCAUUGGUUAAUUCUGAUAAAACUGGAGGUGGUUGAGAUGAUAUUUCACAUUUGUUCAGCAUCACUGAAUUCAUGAACCAUUGUAAAACAACAGUCAACAAUAAAUACAG